GUAGUCUCUUUCGCCCUGGCGCCGUUGCCGGGGUCAACGGUCGCGUCUGGCCCAAGAGUCCGGCCGAGAGCGAUGGCGGCCUCUGCGGAAGGACUUCGUGGGAGGAGGAUGGCUUCAAUAAGAAAAACCAGCCGUCCCGUGCGUGAUAUCUUUGGCGACUUCAGUGAUAUUUCCUUAGAAGAUUCAAAGAUGGAAGAAAUCCAGAACUUGGAAAUCAGUAGACGUCUUACCAAAAUAACACCCGGUCCAAGCAGAUUUCUAAAAAGAAACCAGACUAUGGAUGGAAAACACUUAUUCCCGAAAGAGAAUGCUUUCCUAGGGAGUGGGCCCUGGCUCUCUUCAGGUAGAGCUUCGACCACUGCCUCGAAGGUCAGGGCCAAUGCUGCGCUCACAAAGCUGGCCCAGAUAGAAACCAAGAUCAGGAACCGGCAGGUGCAGAUGGAUUUGUCUGACGUGGAAUCUGACCUGAAGACCUCUGAGGACUGGCUUUCUAGCAGAGCAGACAAAAAUCCCCCCAGAGGGAUGGUUGACCUUUCUUCACAGAACACAUAUAAAACCUCCCGGAAACAGGCCCUUGAAAUUCCUGUCCCUGAGAGUGACAUGCCGAGUGGGAAGGUCAGUAGGUUUCUAAAGAAGAGAGAAGCACCUGUGGAAAAGAUAUCCCCUGAAGCACAUGUUGGGAAAGAGAGGGAUUUUCAAACACCCAAAGAGAAAAAACCGCCUAGAAGACUGGAUUCUCCAGACAGUGAUGAAGAGGAAAUGAAAGAGUUGCUGGGAAGCUUGCUGGAAUCUUCUAGCAAAAAAGAAGCAUCCACAAAUCAGGGUUUCACCAGCACCAAAGUCAGUGAGAAAGAACAAACAAAACUAGUCUCGGAUCAGAUCCCAAAUCAACUGAGAGUCCUUUCGCUGCCCAGGAAGGAUCUUUCCAGCUCAAAGCCAUUUCCGACAUCACGUCUGCCAACCUCAUGGUCAGCAGAUGGGACCCUUCGCAGUGCUGGCUCGAGAACUUGCUCCCCACAGAUUCCCAUUUCAGAGGACACAGCCUCCCACACGGCGUCACUUUCCAUCCCCAGAGCCUUUCCGAAGUCCGUGCCCUCGACAAUGGGGGAUGGCAAGCUCUCAUCCUCCCCGAGAAGGAGUGGGGCUGGGCCUCAGGAUGAGUCUCCCUCAGAAGCCACCGAUGAAAGUCUAAACGAUUUGAGAAUAAACAUUUUAUCCCUUGAUGAUCUGGCUCCAGCUGUCAGUGAGAAAUCAGACUUGGAACAGAAAAAAGAAGGUCUGGGGGAAAAGGCAUCCAGCAAAAGCCCCUGGGCUGGGGCCGCCCUCUCUGGAAGCGAGAUUUCUGAGUGCCUGAGCCAGCGGUCCGUCUCGUGCCCUGGACCCAAGGGCACUUCUAGCCUGGGGUCAAAGUCUCAGGAACCUACAGCCAGCACAGUGAGCUUGGCUUAUUCGGAAGAUUUUGAAAAAUCCCCCAGUCCAACAGCAUCUGAGUCGAUGCCCCAUUCUGAGGAGUCUCCUGACAGGGCGCUGGCGACUCGGUCUGAAUUUUCUGCAAGCCUGAAGACAGACCUUCCUCCACCAACUCCCAAGUCUCGAAAAAAGUGGGCCAGGGGUGUUACAAGAGUCAUGGUGAAGGAGAUGGCUGUGCAGACCCUCGAUCCCGCCUUCACCUACCAGUGGGCUAAGGCGGCCGGUGUAGCGGCCAUCGGACCAGCCCUGGGAGGUGCCUACGUGGACCCCUCGCCCAUCGCCAGCCACGUCAUCAGUGCGGACGCCAUAGAAGCCCUGACAGCGUACAGCCCGGCCGUGUUCGCGCUCAACGAUGUGCUGAAGCAGCAGCUGAGCCUGACACAGCAGUUCAUCGAGGCCAGCCGGCACCUGCAUGCAUCCCUCCUGUGCUCCCUGGACCGGGACUCAUUCCAUUACCACACCCUGGAGGAAACCAAAGAGGUGACCAUGGCGCAGCUAACCCUUCCCGGGAAAGAGAGGGCAGGCGGCUUCCCACGCUCAGCCCGGGGUGGCGGGGACGCUGGGGGCCCAGCCACCUUCACCUUCAGUCCUCGUGGAAGGAGUCCUGUUCUCUCUUUGGCCAUGACCAGGGCUGGUGCGGGGCAGGGGCACUGA